CAUCCUAGUCUGCAAUUAGUGCGGGAUCUGAUUUGACCAGUGUUAGUGGAGUUGGAGAAUCCCGGAGAUAUGGGGUCCGACUCCGACGAAGAGCAGCACCGUGUACGGCUGAGUCAGAGGCCGGAGUGGUCUGAUGUUACUCCAGUUCCGCAAGAUGAUGGCCCAAAUCCCGUGGUGCCAAUUGCCUACACGCAAGAGUUUACAGAAGUCAUGGACUACUUCCGAGCCGUCUACCUCGCCGACGAGCGCUCCCCUCGGGCCCUUGGCCUGACCGCUGAGGCCAUUGAGUUCAAUCCUGGCAAUUACACUGUGUGGCAUUUUCGGCGUAUGUUACUUGAAUCACUGAGCAGUGACCUUCAUAGUGAAUUAGGCUUUUUGGAACGUAUAUCCGAGGGCAAUUCCAAAAAUUAUCAGAUAUGGCAUCAUAGACGAUGGGUUGCUGAAAAGUUAGGACCUGAAUCUGCAAACACAGAACUUGAGUUCACCAAGAAGAUAUUGUCUAUUGAUGCUAAACAUUACCAUGCAUGGUCCCAUCGUCAGUGGGUUCUUCAGGCACUGGGAGGGUGGGAAUAUGAGCUUAACUAUUGUAGCGAGCUUCUUGAAGAAGACAUCUUUAACAAUUCUGCUUGGAAUCAGAGAUAUUUUGUCAUAACAAGAUCACCCGUGUUAGGGGGACUGGAAGCUAUGAGAGAAUCUGAAGUGCAUUACACUGUUGAAGCCAUUUUGGCUCACCCGGAGAAUGAAAGCUCGUGGAGAUAUCUUCGGGGACUUUACAGAGGUGAAGCCACGUUAUGGGUGAAUGACCCCCAAGUUUCUGUAGUUUGCUUGAAGAUUUUGAGGUCAAAGAGAAACUAUGUGUUUGCUCUGAGCACCCUUUUGGAUCUUCUCUGCCAUGGUCUGCAAGCUAACCAAGACUUUGGGGAUGCUGUGGAUGCUUUAAAGACUUCGGAUUUAGAUAAGCACGAUACAGAUCUAGCAAGAACUGUUUGCUCAAUCCUGGAACGGGUUGAUCCGCUUAGAGCCAACUAUUGGAAUUGGCGUAAAUGCAUGCUUCCUCAUGCAACUAACUCGGCAUCAAAAAAAUGAGGUGAUAAGCCAAUGUGAUCCAUAGUUUGUAUUUCAUCUACGUUGAAAAUAUGAUCUGAUAUAUAUGGUCAUAGUAUGCGAUGUUGGGUACACAGCCCCUCUCAUUAAACCGAAUACCUUGAUUGAAGAUGAUUUUUCUGAGUGAACGAUUAUUGUAUAGUUGUGGAACAUGUAUAAUGAGUUAUCAAGAUGACUUCUCCACUUCCUUCCCUCC